CAACUCGACAAUAGAUCAACUGACUUUUAUUUUGAAAUAUUAUCACUCAAUGACAAGUUAAAAGUGUUUCUUAUUUCUUUAAUAAUACAUUUCACUACAUAUUAAGAGACUUUGUUAUUAUGAAGUAGAUCAACUCAACAACGAAUGGAGCAGUGAGCUUUGUGGAUUCCUUCUAAAAAUAAUUCAAUAGAGAAAUCAAAUUUUGUUGAGAGACUCUCUUAAACAUGACUUUGAAGCAUGUAAUAAUAGGUGGUGGCACAGGUUUUAUAGGAUCACAGCUCAUAAAAUGUCUUUCUCUGGAAGGUAUUUCUUGCACAUGUAUUUCCCGAAUGCCAGGUCCACAUAGAAUGUCAUGGAAUGAUUUAGAACGCUACGGUCUACCAGAGAACACAUCAGCUGUCAUCAAUCUUGCUGGACAGAAUGUGCUGGAUCCAACCCAAAGAUGGUCUCCAGGCUUUAAGCAGAACGUCAGGAACAGUAGGGUAAAGACAACAAAGGCUCUAGCUGAUGCCAUACAGAAUACUAAAGCUACGAUAUUUAUGACUAUAUCUGGAGUCGCUUAUUAUAAACCAAAUGACACUAUAUACACAGAAGACAGCAAAUGCGAGUCAUACGAUUUCUUAUCAAGACUUUCUCAUGAUUGGGAAAAUGCUGCAAAAAUACCAAAGAAAUGCAACAUUAGACAAGUCACAAUAAGGUCUGGAGUUGUGUUGGGGAGAAAUGGUGGUAUGAUCAAACAGAUAUACUUGCCAUUUUUCCUUGGCCUAGGUGGACCAAUAGGUGCUGGAAACCAAUAUAUGCCAUGGAUACAUAUCACAGAUCUAGUUAGCAUGUUUAUAUUUGCGCUUAAAAAUGACAAUGUGCAAGGUAUAUUAAAUGGAGUUGCACCUCAGCUUAUUACAAAUAUGGAAUUCACGAAGGCAUUUGCGAAGGCAAUGCGGAGACCUGCAAUGAUACCUCUUCCUAGUUUUGUCUUGCAAAUAUUAUUCAGUGAAGAACGAGCAAAAAUCAUGUUGGAGGGACAGAAAGUUGAACCAAAGCAUGUGAAAGAAUUGGGAUUUCAGUAUCAAUAUCCAGAUAUUGAAAGCGCUUGUAAACAACUCGUUCAGUAAACUUCAUACUUUGUACAAAGAUACGCUUGAUUAUGGUAGAAGUCAAUAGACACACGUAGUUCAAUUAUUUUAAAAUUAUUUGUAAUAUGAUAUAAUUAAGUUAUAAGCAAUGAUAUAAGCAAUAAUAUUGUUAAGUUAUGAGCAAUGAAGCGCGAAAUCUUCACUCUUUUUCAUAUAUUGUAAUCUAAGAAAUGUUAUUUAAUAGUAAAAUUAUUUAUUGUAGAACAAAUCAA